AGUGUCGUCGACUCGUCGCAAUGAAAUGAAGCUCUGUGAUUCUGAAUUUCUGAGACCUUUCUUCUUCUUUCUCCCAUUUUCGAUUCAGAACUGUAGAGUCUCCAGAAAUGCUUCCGCAGUUCUUCAGGAGCUUUUGAUUUACCUUCUGAUUCUGGUUUUUCAGGAGCUUUUGAGAAAUCAAAUAUCGAUUGCGUUUUAUCUCUUUUUCGAAAUCCAAAACCCUAAAAUUUCUCAAUUUCUCUUCCUCUCUUCUUCUUCAAAUCUCCCCAGAAACCGUUAUUGAGAGAUUUCGAAACUAUCUUGCAACUUUAUUGAGAGAUUUUCUCGUUUCUUGCAUCUUUAAAAGGAACCUCCGUUUUCUCCUUUGUCUCCGAUUAUGCCUCCAAAGAAAAUGGGGUUAAAGAGGAAGAGAGUAGUGGAUCGAACAAAAUCGGUAUUGUAAGAUGAUGGAGGUGCAACGACAACGACGGAGCAGCCAUCCCCGACGGAGCUGCCAUCCGCGACAAAGCAAAAGAAGGCAAUUGAGGGAGGAGGAGUUGAAUAACAAGUCCCGACCUUAAGUCCGGUUGUAGAGGCAGUGGAAGAAGAGUCUGAGAAGAAUGAGGAAGAAGAGUCUUAGAAGAAUGAGGAAGAAGAGUCUUAGAAGAGAAAGAAGAAGAAGAGAAAGAAGAAGAAGAGAAAGAAGAAGGGAAUGAUGAAGACGGAGGAGAGACAAUGAUAGUAGUAGAUCCUUGUCCGGAGAGUUCUCCUCCGAUGAGAGUAUGGAGGAUGAGAUAGCAGAUGGAAAUGCAGUGGAAAAUGCGGCUGAUAUGGAGAUCGACGAGGAAACAGAAGCACUACAACCGCUGAGUAUGCAUUUCCCGCCGUCAGAAUAUGUGAAGAAAAUCAAGCUAUCAACUAGGUGCUAUAUUCACGAAGUGUUGACUAUGUUCGAUAAGUUGGCGCCUCCGAUGAGCAAGUCUGAGAGGGCAUGGUUUGAGGACCAUCUGAGUUUCCAACACGUCUUCCACAUGCCAAGAGACCCUAACCACCGACUUAUGGGGAUGUGGAUGCUCCUUCUUCGCACGGCGCGCAUUGAAAGGAAGAAAGAAGUGUGGUUCAUCGUCAAUGGCGUUCCAAUCCGAUAUGGUAUAUCGGAACACGCAUUGAUAUCGGGCUUCAAUUGCAAGAACUAUACACUUGGGUAUGAAAAAAUGGGAAGUAUGGAGUUCAAGACGAAGCAUUUCAAGAAUACUGUUGUGAAACGCGAAGACGUGGGAGAGAAGCUCUUAAAAAUGAAACCGGCGGGUGAAAGAUCUAAAGAAAGGUUGAGGAUGAUGGUCCUCUAUUUCUUAAGCAGCAUUUUUGUAGCGCCUAUCAAGACCGGGGAUAAGGCACCUCAAUUGGAUGAUUUGUGUCUAAGGGCUGUGACUGAUCUCACGUUUUGUAGGAAUUUUCCGUGGGGGAGGUAUUCUUUCGAUUACAUGUUAGGAACCAUCGUACACACGAUGGAUCAUUUUAAUGGUUUUGUCACCAACAACGAAAAAUACAUAUGGCCGGUUCCGGGUUUCUGUCUUCCGUUAGAGCUUCCUGCAUUCGAGGCAAUCCCACUGUGAGGGAAAAAUUCAUUGACGAGAUUGUACGAACAGAUGAAGGAUAUCCUAGGAUGUGCAAGCUGAUGUUCAAGAAAAACCAUUUGAAAGGCUUUCUUCUUGAUACUAUUAAUCUAGAAUUGGGAACAACUCAGAUUAGUUGUCCUAGAUAUACUGUUUUAUGAAAUGUUUACUAUUCUAUUUAAUUAUAAUAAACACAUAUUUGUUUAUG